AUGCUUUCCUGUUAUCUACUCACCAUUCUUGUGUAUUUAUCAGUUGCGACUUCAUCUAAGCAUAAUGCGGGCAUUAUCAACUUCCUCAUUUCUGAAAGCGCGUCAGUUGGAGAUGUGGUGGGAACACUAGAGACUAUGAAUAUUUCGGGUUCUUCUAAAAGACAAGGAGAUGGACCUCUAUUUAUUCUCCAAGAUACUACCUACUUUUCAUUAAUUGGAUCUCACCAAAACACUGUCGUGGUAAACCGGUUAUUAGAUAGGGAUAAUGAUAGAAAAUUAUGCCGAGAGCCAACUUGGCCAGAGGUUUGCGCCUGGUCUGGCGUCCUGUUUGCUCAUGAUGGAGUCGUACUCAGCCUUAGGAUAACAAUCACGGAUGCUAAUGAUAACAUUCCAAGGUGGCCAGAAUCAGCGCUAAGCAAACCCCGAAAUUCGAAAGAUGGAAAGCCAGCGAUUGAACUGUUGAUAGCUGAGAACACACCUAUUAGGAGUUUGUUUGACCUUCCAUUGGCAGACGACCGUGACUAUGGAAAAAAUGGAAUUGUCAAUUAUGAGCUAAUCACCACGGAGAAUCAGGGUCGUUUCUCUCUUAUUUGCACGACAGGACCAAAUGGAGUCGUCCCAAGACUACAAGUACUGGAAAUGCUAGAUAGAGAGGAGAGAGACGAAUACGAGAUGCAGAUUGCAGCAAUAGAUGGAGGAAAUCAGAAAACUAUUGCGGGACUGUAUGUUUACUUGGUAGAUGAGAAUGAUAAUAGCCCAAUCUUCACUCACCUUAAAAACUUACCAGAAGAAGAGAAGCAACGGACCAAAUUUGUUAUCGAAGUCGACGAAUCUAUACCAGUGAAUUCAGCUCUUCCAAUGCAUCCAGUAGCCACCGAUGCUGAUUCAGGAGACUUUGGACGAGUACGCUAUCGAUUUUCCUUCUCAACACCGGAAUACGUCAGGAGAGAUUUUAGUAUUGAGCCGACGACCGGGAAUAUAAUCGUACAGAAUAAUCUAGACUGCGACGCAGGAGGUGUUGCAGAAUACGUAUUUUCCAUGGUUGCUGAGGAUAGUGCUCCACAACCCUUGACGGCAGUUGCGACUGUGGUUAUUAUCGUUCAUGAUGUGAACGAUAACGCACCAACAAUAAGUUUAACCCCAGCUACACUCAAAACCGACGGACUGUAUGAUUCCACUUUCUUUCCAUCUUUUGAAGACAGUAGAGAUACCUUUCAUUUGAUUGAAGAAAUGCCGUCUGGACAACUGGUAGCAACAGUAGCUGUCACAGAUCCAGAUUCAGAUCAAGACGGUGAAUUCUUUUGUGAUCUUGGGGGAAGUUCGGAUUUUACUCUUCAUGCUCUUCCGUGGAUCGGUGCGACAAAAGUAUACCAACUUCUUUCAGCAAGGAGAUUUGAUAGAGAAGUAGAAGCACUAAUAUCUGUCACACUAAAAUGCGUAGACAGAGGAAAUCCUCCACAGGCAUCCAGUAAGAUUAUCCCAAUCACUCUUAUCGAUGUAAACGACAAUCGGCCUUACUUUCAACAGCCAAUUUAUCAAUUCUCGAUCCGAGAAAAUAAGCCCCCUGGCACGUUGGUUGGCCGAGUGAUCGUUCAGGACAACGAUGCUGGAAUAAAUGGAGAGGUGGACAUCACUCUUUCCUGCAAGACUGGACGUCAUCAACACCUCUUUUCCAUUAAUGAAAAAGGUGAAAUUCGAUCUAAUGAAGUGCUUGAUCGUGAAGCUAAUCCGAAGCGAAUCCAGUUCACAGUAGUGGCGGAAGAUAGAGGCAAACCCUCAUUCAGAACUACAGCAGAAGUGACCAUAGAAAUUGAAGACGAAAAUGACUGCUCUCCCAAAUUCGCUUUUCAAAAUUACCACUUCUCAAUUGAAGAGGAUCAAGAGGCAUAUAGGCGAACAGUCAGAGAGGUGGGAUCUGUUCAAGCAUUUGAUCAAGACAUCGGACCCAACGCGGAAAUUCAGUAUUUAAUUGAAGAACCGGACUCGCCUUUCGAGAUUUCCCAAAACGGAACGAUAUAUGCAGUUCGAAAGUUGGACAGAGAGGUGAAAUCAACGUACCUGCUUUCUGUAAUGGCUAAAGAUUUACCAACUCAACAAUUUGAGAAAUCUUUGAAUUCGACAACUCAAGUGAGGGUCACAAUCACAGAUAUUAAUGAUCAUGCGCCCGUCUUCAUAUUCCCGCGUUUAAACACAUCAUCUGAUGCUAUUCCAAAAAUAAAACUAUCAGCUUUAGAACCGAUCGGUCAUCGAAUAGCAAAGCUGCAGGCAAAGGACGCAGACACAGGGACGAAUGCCAAGAUACGGUAUUCCCUCCUGGAGAAUUCUCGAUUGCCGAUGGGCACAGAAAAACUAUUUCACCUCUCCGAAGACAGUGGAGAAUUAUUUAUUGCUGCCAAGUUACCUACUUCGAAAGGGAGUAGUCAUCAUCUCAAAGUGCAAGCCACUGAUGGUGGAAGCCCACCACUCUCUUCUACACUAAGUCUUCAGAUUGUCCUGGAUCCCACUCUUCCUGCCACUUCUCCUGGGGAUUCUAGCGGACACGAUGAGGGUGGUGAUGUACUAAACAACAUCUACUUGAUCGUUAUCAUCACCUUCGCCGUCUCCAUAGCGUUCGUGAUUCUGGUGAUUGCCAUCUACUUCAUGUCAAAGGAUCGUCGAUCGAAGGGCUACUGCUGUUUCGCUUCUUCUUCAGCUAGAAAUAAAGCCAGACAACUGAACGUUACUAACGGCCUAAACUAUCACAUGGCUGGGAGCAAUCAAAUCCCUGAUCACUCAACGCCCAUUGGAUUUACUAAUGCUUCAGACUACAUGACUAACUUGGGCUCAGCGUCGUAUGUUCUUGAGAAAGACAGUCCACUGCAAUGCCCGCCUUCUGAGGGUAAGCUUACUGAAACAAAACUUUUGUAG